ACAGCUGGCCGUAAUUCGUCAAAAGUGUCAUUUAGUCAACGUAAAAUUUUUGUUUGUGUCAUUUGGUGCUUCCCAUUAAAUCCAUUUCGACAUUUUUUCGGUAAAUUCAGGGACACAUCUUCGCUUAACGGAAAAUUCACCAGUGUCGGCGGAGUCUGCGAAAUUAGUCGUGUUGUAUGUGUUCUGUUGGUUCAGUCAGUUGCAGUCCGGUGUCCUGUCGUAAUCGUCGUAUCCUGUCCGCCGUCUCCGAAUCCGAAAAUAGGCCGACCUGGUGCGCGCAUCUUCACCAUAGCUCCUUCGUUCCCAAGGCCAAGUGGGGGGACGCUAUCUAAUCACCGCCCCGUGACAUGUCGCUGAUUCAGUCUGCGACGAGCCCGUGAGCAGUGUGGACUGUCGUUCCUCUCCGAGAGCUCUCCCUGCAGCUGGUGCGCGAGUGUUGUCAGUGCGCAGUGUCGUAACAUAGAAAUCACACGUAAAGCGGUCCGCUCUGCGCUGAUGGACGCCUGAACGUUGGCAAAAUGGCCGCCGAUUCGGGAAUGGAUACGUGCCCGUCGCCAGAGAUAGCCGACUCCAGGAAGAGGCCGCUGGACGGUGACACCGACAACGGCGACACCAAGCGCUCCCACUUCAGUCCAGGCGGAGAUGGAACGUAUCACUUCAAAGUCCUGGUGCCGAGUGUGGCGGCUGGCGCCAUCAUCGGCAAGGGCGGCGAGACCAUCGCCCAACUCCAGAAGGAAACGGGGGCUCGCGUCAAGAUGUCCAAAUCGCACGACUUCUACCCCGGAACGACGGAACGAGUGUGCCUCAUAACCGGUAGCGUCGACGCUAUAAUGGUAGUUGCAGACUUUAUAGCAGAUAAGAUUCGCGAAAAACCCGACUUGACCAAACCUUUAGUAGAAACCGAAAGUAAAUUAAUGCAAGACAGAGACAAACAAGUGAAAAUAUUAGUGCCGAAUUCGACAGCAGGAAUGAUCAUCGGCAAGGCGGGUAACUACAUUAAGCAAAUUAAAGAGACCAGCGGUUCUUACGUGCAGAUUUCUCAGAAGGCCAAGGAUGUUAGUUUGCAAGAAAGAUGUAUAACUGUUAUAGGUGAAAAAGAACAAAACAGACAAGCGUGUCAGAUGAUAUUAGCAAAAAUCGUCGAGGACCCCCAGAGCGGAACGUGUCUGAAUGUAUCGUACGCGGACGUGAACGGUCCAGUGGCCAAUUAUAACCCCACGGGCUCGCCCUUCGCCCAACAGAACGCUGGAAGCGCGUUCAACGCGUCCACGGCGAGUCUGAACAGCGGACUCAGUUCAGUGUCCCAGAGUAUCAUGCUCAACGGAGGACUCAAUCUCAGCCUAAACCUCAACGCUCCGGGACAGAACGUCGGCACCGUCACGGCUCAGCUGCUGGACCACAUCAAACUGCAACUGAGAAACACCGGUUUUUCCGACUCCCAUAUCGUCGAGAUUUGCGCCGCUCUGUCCGUGUUGGCAAAGUACGGCAUCCUGGCCAUGGGUCUGGGGCUGGGGAGCGCCCACACGGGGGCGUUGCCCGUUUCGAGUUACCUAGGUGUGAUGGACCAAGCCAGCGCUGCCACAGCCAACACCGGAGCCGUCUUCGGGCCUAUUGGGGGCCAGGUCAGUUUAGCAGAAUGCCAUUUGGGUACCACGUCCCCAACUCCACGAUCCAAUAUAGAAAGGUAUGAUUCAACAUUCGAUCCAUUCAGACAUCAAAGUUCACCCGCAACAGCACCCAUCUCAAUCAACAAUAACAGCUUUGGUCUAGGUACAGGUCAACAAAUGGCUGUGCUAAGUAAAAGUCCCACUCCUGCGGAAUUAAAUGGUGCUAAAGACUCUAAAAAUGUCGAAAUUGCAGAAGUAAUUGUUGGUGCUAUUUUAGGUCCUGGGGGCCGUUCGUUAGUUGAAAUCCAGCAGCUGAGCGGGGCCAACAUUCAGAUAUCGAAGAAGGGUAUAUUCGCACCGGGAACUCGCAAUAGAAUAGUGACUAUAACGGGUAGUCCGCAAUCGAUAAACACGGCCCAAUAUCUGAUCGAACAACGCAUCUCCGAAGAGGAACUGAAAAGGGCACGGAACAACGGCCUCGGUACUCUAACCAUGCAGUGAUGGCGUCAAACCGUUUUAAAUUCACCCAGAUUGUUCAGGUACACGCAACAGAGAUUGUUAAUGUUUUAGAAGAGAAAACUAAAAAUAGUAAAAAUGGUAACAAAUUUUUAUUUACGAUUUAAAUGUGUAAUAGGGAGACAUUUUAAAUAGUUUGUUGUUGAAUAUUUUUAACGAAUUGAAAGUUAUUUAUGAUGAUGACUCAAGGUAAAUUGCGCAAGGCUGUUUAUAUACAAUGUGAACUUUUUAAAAGAUGUAUACCUAUUUACAUAAUUGUUUGUACUGUACCGCGGGGUAGUAAUGGAAAUUUUUUAUAGUCAAUUCCUUGAAAAUGUGAUGUGAUUUGUUAUUAUUUAUUUUUAUUUGUUUUGUUUUUAUUAUCUAAAUAUUAGACAUUGUAAGGGCGAGUCUUGCCUGGCCAUGUCGUUUCUUCCCCAGCAAGGCUCGCCUCGACCGCCAGUAAAUUUUCGUUAUGUUCUGUUUGAUGUAUUCGAGAGUUUAAUGAUUACACGAAACAAAUUUGAGGUAAAUGAUCUGAUUUACGAGAUUUAGAAUAGUGCUACAUUCUAAUUGAGAAAAAAUUGUGAUUCUUCAUUCAUUCACAUCAUUAUCAACACUCUGAUGUUUGUACCCAUAUGCUUUGUUUUUGUUUUAUUUUCUUUUUCUUUUUGUACAUAUAUACAUAAUUUUCCUUUUGAUAGUUGUUGCGGAGCGGUGCGCGUCGAGGCGUGCGAGGUAGUUUAAUUAGAAGAGAUGUGUGCAUAUUAUGUGAUUGGUAAUAGCAGUCAUUCGAGCAAUUCCUAAAUUUCGUACCUGCUGAAGAACCUCAUCCAUCAAUAUGACAAGCGACAUUUGGCUGGCCAAAGAGCAUAUUGAAUUUAUUUAGAUGAAAAUAUUUAAAAUCCGUUACCAAUCAUGAGAUUUUAUUUUUGGGGUUUCGGCCGAAGAGGCAUGACAUUGUAAAUAGUCAUAGCGUUAGUCAUCUAUACUCACCCAACUCUGCUGUUAUUCCUUCUAUAGAUCUAUAUAUUAUUAUUAAAAAGAAUAUAUAUGAAGAUAAAUGUAACUAAAAAUUAUAUAUUGUUGUUAUCGCAUGUUGUUAAUAUUGUUAAUGUUUGGACACUCGCUGCUGAAUAUUUAACAAAGCCGUUGACUAAUCGACUUACAUGCGUUAACUUGGAAAUAUUUUAUUUUUAAGUUUAAUUUAGCGGAGAUCUAUGCAGGUCAUAGACGUGUUUCACCGAAUGACGUGGUAAGCUGUGGCAUUCCAAUUUAGCGAAAGAAAACGUACCAUACAGAGUUUAUAUAGUUUUGUUACGAAUGUUUUAUUUUUUUAUUUUUCGAUUGUUGACGGAAUAGUUUAAAUAUUAAGAUGCCGUUAACACAGAGCAUAGUUUCAUUGUCUAAAUGUAUGUGAUCGCCGUAGUUUCAUAAUGUUGAGUCAAAGAUAUUAAUAUUCUAUAAACGAUUGUUCAAGAUUUGUGCGCUUGUAAAUCAAAGAUUUAAAAAUAAUAUUUGGUCUAUAUUUCAUGUUAAAAUCUUUAGAUAUUUAAGAAUUGUUUCGUUUUUAGUUGUUGCUUCUCCACGUUUUAACAUAUGCCUCAUACUUUGAUAUAUUUAAUGAAGAAAACUGUUCUAUAUACAACAUUACUGUUGCUGUGAUAUUCACAUCUGUGGGGUUACCUGUCUCAGGCUUUGGUUGCCCGUCAUUUCACCAAGUGUGUGCAAUAUUACAUUGUCAUCAUAGUCACGUGGUUUGUCUGUUAUCGUAGAUGACGGGCAAUCCACCGCUCUCGGGGGUAACUGUGAAUUUAGCUAGAGUUCAUAUUAUAAUAUAUUGAAGAAAAAUAAUUAUAAUAGAUAGUCGAGUCACGAGAAACAUCCCGUGCUUGCCAUUGGCCAAUCUCGUGUCACUGUGGCAUUAAAACCACGCCAUUUUUCCCGUUCUCUCCUACUUGCAGUGCAAAUUAAAGUGACCUUCAUCAGACGUAAUUAAAUAAGAAAACAUGUUGUGACUCGUAUUCACUUGUUUUUAAUGCCAGAGUGACACUAUCGUCGGAAUUCAGUUGUUUUUCGGAUCGGGGGCGAGCAAACGGCUUGAGUUUGCCCGACUCGGGUUUUUCCAGAUUCGCUUUCUUUUGUAUAUUUUUAUAAAGGGUGUCGUGUGGGUCCGUUGGUGCCCUUUUUAAAAAAAGAGGCCUAUAUCGGGGUGCCGGGCCCACACAGCGCCCUCUUGUAGCCAUGUAUGAUUUAUUCUAAGUUAGUGUAAGAGAUUUAGUCAUUUCGUGGUAAUGAUAGAUUAGGAGUAAGUAAAUCGGGGCUAAAGGUACCUUAUGAUUGUGUGUGUGCAUGUGGCCGAUUGGCAACAUCCAAGUCCGACAUUUAACAAUUAAGUUACCAGUUUUGUGUAGGGGAAGUGUGUUUUCUUGCACUGUUUUAACAAAAGCCGAUUUUCGCACUUGAAGGUUCUGUUAUGGUUGAUACGUAACAGUUUGUUACAGUUAGUCAAGAAUUGUUUGUACAGUGAUAAUAGUUUACAGUUUUAAGGAGGUGACACGGGUUUAUAGUUCUUUCAAAGUUGCUGUGGCAGUGUUCUUAGGUUCCGUCUGCGUGGACCUAAGCACAGUGUCUGUACAUGUUUUUGUUUUUCUUUUAAUAAGUUAGUCCACAGCAUUGUCAAACACACUAUAAUUCAAUAAAAUCCAUAGUGCCAUA